AUGAAGACGGCGUCUGCUGUUGGGGGAGAGAAAGCCAACCGCCUUUUUUACGUCCGAGACGGAAGUUCUGACGAAUUAUUUCUGGUCGACACAGGCCCCCAAAAGAAACCAGUAACCCACUAUGAAUUUUGGGGAGACAAAACCAGCAGAGACAGGCACUGUCCCAACAGAACAAAAGUGCUUGAGAUUGACCUGGGGAGACUACACCAACAUCGGAGAAAUAUAGAAAAGUAUGCUCGCUUGGACGACUUGUACAGUUUAAACAAGGAACAAGUUAAUGCUGGUCGUACAGUACAGCAGAUAAAGGCUAAUAUACGUGAGCUGGAAAAAGCGCGUGGGCGAAUAAUUGAUGAAGACUUGCCUAAAUUUGAUGACAAGCUCAAGCAUGUCAAAGCAAAAGCAAUAGCAGCAAUUACAGAAUAUAUUGGAGAUGACCAUACUGCUGAAGAUGACGAGUCUGAUGCUGAAGUCUGUGAUAAUAUGUUGCCGUCCAACCUACCUCUCCAGCGUCGACAAAGUGAUCAAGGUGACUACUUGUGUGAGGAACUUGUCCCCCACAGUCUGCCUGUUCAGUUGGAACGUGGCAGUUACAUACCCCAACUGCAAGUCUAUAAUGUCCCUGAGGAUUCACAGGCAGCUCAAUCCUGGCAAAACCUCAAAGAGAAUCUUGUGGACCUUAAUCAUAUGGUGUAUGAAUUUUCUUCUUUAGUUGAGCAACAACAAGAAAAAUUGGAUAACAUUGAAGAAAAUCUUGAAAAAGCCCAUGGAAAUGUUCAAAGUGGAGUAAAAAAUCUUUCUAAGGGGGCUAAGUUAAAAACAGCAAUCAUCCCCCUUGCUGGAGCUUUGGUUGGUGGUAUAGUGGGAGGACCUCUUGGAUUUGUGGCUGGUGCUAAGCUUGGAGGAGUGGCUGCUGCUGUGGGAGGUGGAGUUAUAGGUUUUGUUGGUGGCAAAGUAUUUAAGAGACAUCGGCAGCAAGCAGCUGAAAUUGAACUUAGCAACCUGAGUAAAAAGGGUUCAGUAUCACUACCUGAUUUGACAAGCACAGAGGAAGCUCCAUCCAACACAGGAAACAAAGAUGCCUGA